CACGGAAUCCCCCAGAAAGAUGGCGGCGCCGCCAGAGGAGGAUAGCUUGGAGUCUCGCAUCAACAAAGCCACCAACCCUCUGAACAAAGAGGCAGACUGGGACAGUAUCCGAGCCUUCUGUGAACAGCUCAACAAUGAAGCGGAAGGGCCUCAGCUGGCCACCAGGCUUCUAGCCCACAAGAUCCAGUCACCGCAAGAAUGGGAGGCCAUGCAAGCUCUCACGGUGCUGGAGACUUGCAUGAAAAACUGUGGGAAGAGGUUUCACAGUGAGGUUGGCAAAUUUCGCUUCCUCAAUGAACUCAUCAAGGUGGUGUCUCCCAAGUACCUGGGGACUCGAGCCCCAGAGCCAGUGAAGAAGAAGGUGCUGGAGGUGAUGUACAGCUGGACCAUAGGGUUGCCAGAUGAAACCAAGAUCUCUGACGCCUACCAGAUGCUUAAGAAACAGGGCAUUGUCAAGCAGGAUCCAGUUCUCCCUGAUGACAAACCCCUCCCACCACCACCCCCCAGACCCAAAAAUGCCAUCUUUGAGGAUGAGGAGAAGUCAAAGAUGUUAUCUCGCCUGCUGAAUAGUUCUCACCCUGAAGACCUGAGAGCAGCCAACAAACUCAUUAAGGAGAUGGUCCAGGAGGACCAGAAACGCAUGGAGAAGGUGUCAAAGCGAGUCAACGCCAUACAGGAAGUGAAGGAGAGUGUUCGCCUGCUGACGCAGCUACUGGGCGAAUACAAAAAGGAGAACUGCUCCCAAAGCAACGAAGAGCUCAUCAAGGAUCUGUACCAGCGCUGUGAGAAGAUGAGGCCCACACUGUUCAGAUUGGCCAGUGACACAGAGGACAAUGACGAGGCUCUGGCGGAGAUCCUGCAGGCCAACGACAGCCUGACGCAGGUCAUCAACCUGUACCGGCAGCUGGUGAAGGGGGAGGAGGUGAACGGGGACAGCACCACCACGCCCAAGAUCACAGGAAACAGCACGGCCCUCUUAGACCUGACAGGGUUGGACACCUCGCCUCCAGCGGCACCCUCUUACCCAGAAUUCCCCUCCAAGGACCUUGGUCCGCAGGCCCCCUUCCCCGAGGUUGGAAUCAGCCUUCUGGACGACGAGCUCAUGUCGUUAGGUCUGAAUGAGGUCGCCGCCAGCUCCAGCUCAGCCUCAAACGCUGGGGACUCCUCUGCCUGGAACGCCUUUCAGUCCUCUGAGAGCGUGGACACAGACGCUCCGGCAGUCCCUGCCGCGGUGUUGAGGCCAGCGGUGACCACGCCCUCCCCGGCCCCGCCCAGCGGAGCCCCAGCCGGGAGCAAGGCCUUGGAGGAGCUGGACCUGCUGGGGAAGACGCUGCUGCAGCAGUCCCUGCCCCCGGAGAGUCAGCAGGUCAAAUGGGACAAGCAGCAGCCUCAGUCCAAGCCCACACUGCGGGAUCUCCAGCACAAGUCCAGCACUAAUCCUAGCCCAAUCCUCCCGGCCUUCUCUGCCGAGCCACCGGGGACUCUCAACUCCCAGCCCAGCCUAGGGACGUCCCCUGUUCCCACACCCCCAACCGAAAUCUCUCUGGCUAACGUGACUGUGCCUCUGGAAUCCAUUAAGCCCAGUAGCCUGUUGCCGGUGACUGUGUUUGACAGGCACAGUUUGCGGGUGCUGUUCCACUUCGCCCGGGACUGUCCCCCGUCUCGUCCGGACGUUCUGGUUGUUGUCAUCUCCAUGCUUUCCUCUGCCCCUGUCCCUGUCACCAACAUCCGCUUCCAGUCUGCUGUUCCCAAGGUGAUGAAGGUGAAGCUGCAGCCCCCAUCGGGGACAGAGCUCCCAGCUUUCAACCCCAUCCUGCCCCCUGCUGCCAUCACUCAGGUCCUGCUGCUGGCCAACCCUCACAAGGAAAAGAUGCGGUUGCGAUACAAGCUUACGUUCACACUGGGGGAAGAAACGCACGAUGAAACUGGUGAUGUAGAACAGUUCCCCCCUCCGGACACCUGGGGGAAGCUUUAGCAGAAUGGACCAACUUCCUGUCACAUGACCAUCUGCUUCCUACAUGUCCUGCCCCAUCCACCUGUCUCAUUUUACACACACGGUCUCCCCUCCUUUAGCGGCCCACUAAUUUUAAUUCAGCGAGGUUUUUUUUUUGUAUUUAUUGCAAUAGUUUGUGAUGAAAAUCAAACACCUGCACCUCUUCCCUGAUAUAUGCUGUUUUUUUGUUUAUGUCAGUUCAAAUGAAACCAUUUAAAUGAAUUUAGGGAACAAGCCAGGCCUUUUAAAUUGAACCUGAGUGACUGCAAAUGUUGUACACUAUACUGUGCUCUGUAAUAGUAUAGUACAAAGUAUUGUAUUAUUUUAUAAUCAAUGAAAGACACAGAUUGGUGACCAAAUGUUUCCUAAUUACAUGAGAUGGAGUGGUGGGGUCUGACCGGCAGUGUGUAAUAGGGUGUCUAACCUGAUGUUUAAAGUAUUUUUUGUUUGUUGAGAUUAAUACAACAUCCACCUAUUGUUACUUGUUUCCAUUUUGACAUACCAUCAAUUUAACAAUGUGACCGUCUGUCUUUAUCGCUGUCUAAAUGCCAGUCUGCUACUUUCUCUUUGCCCUUUUUGUGCUGAACCAAUCCUCCAUCCACAUUCUUUUUGAUUUGCAGUGAUUCACCCCC